AUGCUGCGUUUAGCGAGGCCUGUUGGCGCCUCUGUGCGCCGGCAAUUGCUUGCCCAAGCUGCCUUGUCCCAGCGGAGGACAUUUGCAGACAAGAAAGACUCGAUCUUGAGCUCGGAUCCAGCAUUCAUGCCAGGCAGCCAGUCUAGCGCUGCUCCGGUCAAGACAGAGGUUCCUUUGGGCCCUGGAGGUCCCGGAAGUCCAGCUCCUCAAACAUCCACGCCCACGCCUGCUACACCGUCUUCACCUUCUUCAAACUCCACCAUUCCUCCGCAGAACGUCCCCCUCGCGCCUCCGAGCCCGACCAAGACUCAGACAGCUCCUCCCACGACCCCCUCGUCUGUCAGCCCAGCCGAACCUCCUCCUCCACCUCCUUCUCAAAAGCCACCCACUCCCCGGAAAAGAUCCUCCCGAUUUCGUUUGCUACUGUACCUGCUUGCCUUAAGUGCCCUCACGUACGGAGGAGCUGUCUUCUAUGCAUUGAGGAACGACAAUUUCCACGAUUUCUUCACCGAGUACAUCCCUUUCGGAGAGGACGCAGUCCUCUACUUUGAGGAGAAAUCAUUCCAGAAGAGAUUUCCGCACGCAAGGCAUAAUGUCACGAGGACCCCUCGACCAGAGGCAAGGCCAGAGGACAGCAAGGUAACCACAAUCCCCCAGAAAUCUGGACUGUCAUGGCGACCCGUCGAAGAACCGGAACAGAAAGGUAGCGAUGUCACGCAAAAGGGCAAACACAUGAGUGCCUUGGAUGCCAACCAAUCCGUGACACCGAAGGCUGCCACCGACGCUACACAGGAUUCUCACAGCGCUACGCCAAAAGAGAGAAGUGUCUCGGUUGAAACCGCAAAGAAAAGCGCGGCAGCAAAACAGGAAGGAAAGCCAACUGAGACUCCUCAACCACUGUCCGCGCAAGGUGCUUCUCCGGAAGUGUCUUCUACCCCUUCGACAACUGAUUCAAGAACACCUGCUAUCCCACCAGUCACACAUAUCUCACCCCUCACAGUGCCCAACGCCGAAGAACCCGUGGUACAAGAACUCGUCAAAAUCGUCAAUGAUCUCAUCACAGUUGUGAACUCCGAUUCUGCCGACGCCGCCAACAAAUACUCCGCCCCCAUGGCCAAGGCGAAAGAAUCACUCGAACAGGUCGCCAGCAAGAUAACCACUCUGCGUGACGCAGAACGCAAGGCCGCUGAGGAGCGUAUCGCGCAAGCCCACAGAGAAUUCGACGAAGGUGCCAAACAGCUCCUGAAGAGGAUCGAGACUGCUCAGGCAGAGGAUGACGCCCGCUAUCGCGAGGAAUUCGAGACUGAACGAGCCCGUCUUGCACAGCUGUAUGAAGAGAAGGUGAAGACCGAGGUCCAGCGAAGCACUGAGCUGGCGGAACAGAGACUCAAGAACGAACUGGCCGAGCAAGCAAUCGAGCUGAAACGUGACUUUGUCGCGCAGAUCAAAGACCUGGUGGAAUCCGAGCGUCAAGGGAGAUUAAGCAAGCUCUCUGAUCUCAGCACUAACAUCGACAAUCUUACAGAACUCACAUCAAAUUGGAACGGCGUGAUCGAUUCCAAUCUUGCAACUCAGAAAUUGCAAGUGGCCGUGGACGCCGUCCGUUCUGCUCUUGAUGCAAGCGCAGCCUCAGACGCAAAACCUCGCGCAUUUGUGCGCGAAUUGGCUGCCCUCAAACUCUGCGCCGAUGGCGAUCCGAUCGUCGAUGCGGCCAUUGCGUCCAUAAAUCCCUCAUCAUACCAAAAGGGAAUCCCUUCCCAGCCGCAAUUAAUCGACCGCUUCCGUCGCGUCGCACAUGAAGUGAGGAAAGCAUCACUCCUACCCGAGAACGCGGGUAUCGCAUCGCACGCCGCUUCGUUAGUUCUCUCGAACGUGCUCUUUAAGAAGCAUGGGCAACCCACGGGUAACGACGUGGAGAGCAUCCUUACGCGGACGGAGACAAUGCUGGAAGAAGGAGACCUCGAUGGUGCAGCGAGGGAAAUGAAUUCUCUGACGGGGUGGGCCAAGGUUUUGAGCAGAGAUUGGUUGGGGGAUGUGAGGAAGGUGCUUGAAGUCAGACAGGCGCUAGAUGUCAUUGAGACGGAAGCCCGGUUGCAGUGCUUGAGGGUUGGUUGA